UGGCCCGGUCUUCGCGAACCUAGGCGGAAGUCGUGCGGCUGCCGUAACGCUUUCUUAGGCUUGGGCCCUGCGGCUCUAGUAGCCAUCAUCAUGGUGCGGAAGCUUAAAUUCCAUGAGCAGAAGCUACUGAAGCAGGUGGACUUCCUGAACUGGGAGGUCACCGACCACAACCUGCACGAGCUGCGCGUGUUGCGGCGUUAUCGGCUGCAGCGGCGAGAGGACUACACGCGCUACAACCAGCUGAGCCGUUCUGUACGUGAGCUGGCGCGGCGCCUGCGCGACCUGCCCGAGCGCGACCCAUUUCGCGUGCGCGCCUCGGCGGCGCUGCUGGAAAAGCUGUAUGCCCUUGGUUUGGUGCCCACGCGUGGUUCACUCGAGCUCUGCGACUUCGUCACGGCCUCGUCUUUCUGCCGCCGCCGCCUGCCCACCGUGCUCCUUAAGCUGCGCAUGGCGCAGCACCUCCAGGCUGCAGUGGCCUUUGUGGAACAGGGCCACGUGCGCGUGGGCCCCGACGUGGUCACCGACCCAGCCUUCCUUGUCACACGCAGCAUGGAGGACUUCGUCACCUGGGUCGACUCCUCCAAGAUCAAGCGGCACGUGCUGGAGUAUAAUGAAGAGCGCGAUGACUUCGAUCUGGAAGCCUAGCUGAUCUCCCUCCUCUUUUCCGCCACAGUUGCAUAGGAGUCUGCAUUUUGUAGCUGUGGAAGCUGAGACCUAAUGCUGGAGAUUCCGUGAAGACGCUGCCCAAGAGUGUGUCAGCCUGUCGUCGGUUCAUAAUUUGGCUCCUCAGCUGUAGGCCAUGCACAGAGCCAAAGGGUACGCCCCCAUUUUCCACAAAAUGAAAUUAGUCCAUGGACUAUUGAAAAUUAAAUGACUGUCUUGAGACAAUGGGAAGCGGUUUUGUGCUGCGCUGGGGAAUUGUUAGAUCUUGUGCGGGAAACACUAGUGUGAAAGUAAGAACUUUGCCCCCACUUCUCUUUAUUAUCUCGUUGCAGGACAGUUUGGUGCAAUUUAUUUAACUCAGAUUCUUACUCCUGAUUGUUAUGUAUAGACGAUGGAGAGUUUGGUCUCAAGUUUUCAUAAACGGGUGAGACUUUGGUGUCCAGAAUCCCGUCCCUUGUUUAAAGGAAUGCUUUCAUAAUGCCAAUAAAUGGCUCGACUGCUUUGUAAGUACAAA